AUGGCCGCCACGACCGCCAGACCAAGCGUGGUUCCUAAGGAGGACCUCGAAAGCUUUCAGGAGCACCUGAGCAAAUCAACACGCAUUUUGGCUCUUCUGGGCGCUGGACUAUCAGCCUCCUCCGGGCUACCCACAUUUAGAGGCGCUGGUGGGCUCUGGAGAACACACGAUGCCACCUCACUAGCAACACCAGAAGCAUUCGGGCGUGACCCAGGCCUAGUAUGGCAGUUCUACAGCUAUCGUCGACACAUGGCCCUUGGCGUGAAGCCGAACCCUGCCCACUACGCCCUCGCCGAGCUGGCCAGGAGGAAGAAGGACUUUCUCACGCUGAGCCAGAACGUUGAUGGUCUCUCGCCUCGCGCAAAUCAUCCCGCUGAAAACCUCAAGCUUCUGCAUGGCUCCCUUUUCGAUGUCAAGUGCUCGGACUUCUUCUGUGACUACGUCGAGAAGAACAACUACACCGACCCAAUCGUCCCAGCUCUGGCCAUCCCUACCGAUGAGAUGGACCCCACCACCAACUCAGCCCUCGCGGCUCGAGAGUUGGAUAUCUCGGACGAGAACGUUGCAAUCCCCGAACUCGACUACGAUCACCUCCCCAAGUGCCCCAAAUGCAAGCGCGGUUUGCUGCGUCCCGGUGUCGUGUGGUUCGGCGAGAGGCUACCAAGUGAUGUCCUGGUCGAUAUAGACACAUGGGUGGAUGCUGGAGACAACAUCGACCUUAUCAUGGUCAUUGGCACAAGCGCGAAGGUCUACCCUGCUGCCGGCUAUGUCGACAUAGCCCGUCGUCAGGGUGCACGGGUCGCCGUGAUAAAUACAGACAAGAGCGAUGCGCCUGCCGGCGGUCUGCAUCCUCAAGAUUGGUUCUUCGAGGGAGACGCGGCUCAAAUCCUGCCUGAGCUGCUCAAAAGUGUCGUUGGAGAAAUUAACAGGGAAGAGCUUCCAGACGCUGCCCACUAG